GUCUCAGUACAGUCAGGGCUUCUGCUGGGCAGGGCCAGCUGCCAAUCUUGCCAGGCGGCCACCGGGGCGCGGGGGUGACAUGGGACAUAAAGGUGGCGUCCGCCGGUGAGAAACACCUAGCGCAGGUGGAAGGGUGGCGGCGAGAGGGAGUUCCACGGAGACUUAAGGAAAACAGCAGGGAGGGGCCGGUCGCUGUCUUUUGGACCUGCCCGGAGCCCCACCCUCGGCCGCAGGAAAAGCCCCUAGGGACGCGGGCGGGAGCCGCAGACCCCGCAGCAGCCCGGCGGUGCGCUCCACCUGUGCGCUGCGGGCCCCGCGCCACGUCCACGCUCCGGUCCCGGCCCCCGACCUUUGUCCUGACCAUGGCGGCGGGACCCGCGAGCUGCGGGAGCCGAGCCCUGUGCCGGCCACUCCUGCUGACCCUCUGGAUCUUAACAUUUGCCUGUGAUGCCUGUAAACAAGUGAUCCUUCACGUUCCCUCUGAACUACAUGCUGAGAAAUUUAUUGGCAGAGUUAACCUGAAAGACUGCUUUAAGUCUGCAAAUCUAAUUCAUUCGAGUGAUCCUGAUUUCCAAAUUUUGGAGGACGGUUCAGUCUACACAACCAAUGCUGUUCUUUUGUCCCCGGGGCAAAGGCAUUUUACCAUAUGGCUUUUUAACACAGUCAGCCAAGAAGGGAGAGCGAUAUCUGUCCUUUUAGAAGGUCCAGCAGAGGUACUGAACAAAAGGCAUCCAGAAAAAGUUCUAAGCCGUGCCAAGAGAAGAUGGGCUCCUAUUCCCUGUUCCAUGCAAGAGAAUUCCUUGGGUCCUUUCCCUCUUUUUCUCCAACAGGUACAACUUACUUUGGUGGCUAAAGUCUACUUACUUGAGGCAUGGCUGAGGGAUCGGUUUACCCUGUGUGAGGCCCUGAGUUUGAUCCCAGCACCACAAAACAAAGCAGGUUUUCCACUUUUUUCCUCAUUUGACUCUUCACAGCUAACGGCCUUUGCAACAACUCCAGAUGGGUACACGCCGGAAUACCCCCUGCCUCUCAUAAUUAAGAUCGAAGAUGAGAAUGAUAACUACCCGAUUUUUACAGAAACAACGUACAGUUUUACAGUUUUUGAAAACUGCCGAGUUGGUUCUUCUGUGGGGCAGGUUUGUGCGACUGACGCUGACGAGCCUGACACGAUGCACACUCGUUUGAGGUACUCCAUCUUGGAGCAGCAUCCUUCUCCACCCACCGUGUUUACCAUGCAUCCAACCACAGGUGUGAUCACCACCACAUCAUCUCAGCUGGACAGAGAGUUAAUUGACACAUACCAGUUGAAAAUAAAAGUACAAGACAUGGAUGGCCAGUAUUUUGGGCUGCAGACAACUGCAACUUGUAUCAUCACCAUCGGGGAUGUGAAUGACAACCUGCCCACGUUUACUCGCACUUCUUAUGUGACAUCAGUGGAUGAAAAUACGGUUGAUGUAGAAAUCUUACGUCUUACCAUUCAAGAUAAGGAUUUAGUCAACAGUCCUAAUUGGAGAGCUAAUUAUACCAUUUUAAAGGGCAAUGAAAAUGGAAAUUUUAAAAUUGUAACAGAUCCCCAAACCAAUGAAGGAAUACUGUGUGUAGUUAAGCCUCUGGAUUUUGAAGAAAGACAGCAAGUGACCCUGCAAAUUGGUGUAGUUAACGAAGCUCCGUAUACUAGAGAGGCCAGCGGAAGGUCACCCAUGAGCACAGCCACCGUGACUGUCACCGUGAGGAAUCAGGAUGAGGGCCCCGAGUGCAUCCCUCCAGCACAAACUGUUCGGAUUCGAGAAAAUGCACCUGCGGGAACAAGGAGCAAUGGGUACAAGGCAGUCGACCCAGAGACCAGGAGUAGCAGCGGCAUAAGGUACAGGAAGCUAAGUGAUCCAAGAGGGUGGGUCACCGUUGAUGAAGACUCAGGAUCAAUCACAGUCUCCCGAAACCUGGAUAGAGAGGCUGAGACCGUCAGAAACAGCAUAUAUAAUAUUACUGUCCUUGCAUUAGAUGCAGAUGGGAGAAGCUGUAGCGGGACCCUAGGAAUUGUACUUGAAGAUGUGAAUGAUAAUGGCCCAUUCAUACCCAGGCAGACAGUGGUGAUCUGCAAGUCUACCAUGACCUACAGGGAAAUUGUGGCAGUUGAUCCUGAUGAGCCAGUGAAUGGCCCGCCUUUCGACUUUCGUUUGGAAAGUUCUGAUUCAGAAGUUCUGAGGAUGUGGAGACUUAAUAGAAUUAAUGAUACAGCAACACGUCUUUCUUAUCAGAAUGACCCUUCAUUUGGAUCUUACGUUGUUCCCAUCCGAGUGACAGACAGGCUGGGUCUGUCUACCAUUACCUCACUGAAUGUCAUCGUAUGUGACUGCAUUACUGAAAAUGACUGCACAACCCGCUCAGGUGAAAGGACUGGCAAUGCAGAAGUGAGGCUUGGGCCAUGGGCCAUCCUCGCCAUACUGUUGGGCAUAGCCUUACUAUUUUGCAUCCUAUUUACAUUAGUCUGUGGGGUUUCCGGGGCUGGCAAACAACAAAAAGCACUUCCUGAUGACUUAGCACAGCAGAACCUGAUCGUCUCAAACACUGAAGCUCCUGGAGAUGAUAGAGUUUAUUCCACAAAUGCCUUCACAAGUCAAACUGUGGGCGCAUCUGGGCAGGGGACUUUAGGCACCUUGGGAUCAGGAAUCAAAAGCGGAGGGCAAGAGACGAUUGAAAUGGUGAAAGGACAGCAGACCUUGGACACCUGCCGAGGGGCUGGGUAUCAUCGCCACACCCUGGAUCCCUGCAGGGGAGGAGCCCUGGAGACCGACAACUACAGAUACGCUUACUCAGAGUGGCACAACCUCACUCCGCAUUGCCUCGGUGAAAUGGUACAGCAGUGUAACCAGGACAGCCAACAGAAGUUCUCUCAAGACUAUGUCCUUACCUACAGCUAUGAAGGGAAAGGCUCGGCCGCUGGCUCCGUAGGCUGCUGUAGUGACAGACAAGAAGAAGAUGGGCUGGAAUUUUUGGAUAAUUUGGGGCCCAAAUUCAGGACAUUAGCAGACAUCUGCAUAAAGAGAUGAGCAUUUCUCACCAAGUCGACUCAAAAUCAGUGGAUUCAUCGCCUUCCCCCACAUUUUUAACUAUAAACCCAGAUUUUUCAAAAAUAGAGGAUAUUAUAUUUGGGACUUUCUUCCUUUCAGUGAGAGAAACGUACAUGUAGAGACACUUUGUAAAUUGGCCCAUAUUUUUAAAAACGUUCUGCAUAGGUUUUAAUUACUUAUCUUUUACCCAAGUGAGAUCUACAGAUGGAAAAUUUAAGGAAAUUUGCAUUUCUGUUUACAUUGGGCAUAAUGACGACAGCCAACUUGUAAUGCAAUAAAAUUUAACGAAUUCAUGUCUAUAUGUAGAUGCCUACUUAAUGUGUAACCCAAUUGAAGGCUGUAGAGAACAUGAUCUCCAGUUAACGGAGCCAUUACUUGUUUCUGUGGUGCUUGGGAAUGGUUGUUUCCCAGUCGUUCUAAACUGUGUUGUGCACUUUGCCUCUUGUUCUUGUUUUAUUACAGCAUGACUUAUCCUCACAAGGCAAAGGGUGCUUUCCGGCCAGGCGUUGACUGUUGCAGUUGCAUUCGGGUGGGGUUUAUGUUUAGGUUCCGUUCUGUGUAGAAUCCUGCAAUGAAUCCACAUCUUUCUGUCAACUUUAGGUUUUAAAGCUUCUUUCAGAAUAUAGUUUUUUACUCUUAGAAGUUCUUGUCUUUGACAUGCCAAAUGGUCUACAUUCUUGAUCCCUCUUUCUUUCUUUCCUUUAUGUUUUAAAAAACCUUUCUACUCUUUUUAAAAUUCAUCUUUUUCUUCUCUUAUAUAGCAAAUUACUCUUUCUGUGCUAUAUAAGCUUAUGCAUUAUUGGAUUUCUUAAUGCAAUGUUAACUGUAUUGUUUAUAAGUCUUUGGUGAUUGCUUCAUUACAUCCCCAGCAAAAGACUUUUAAUUUUGCCAUUGAAAUUGUAGAACUACUUCAUGAUUUGUUAGAAACAACCUUCUAUGACAGCAAAAGGAGCAUUGUACUUAGAAUUGGAAAGUGGGUAUUUAGAGUAGAGUAACACAUUGACAGUUUGCAUCUUUAAUGCAUGGAUGCUGUUUGUAAGGAGGAGAUAGUGAUGGUGUUUGAAGUAAGCUUUGAUAUAGGAAUACUGAAGUGCUCAAAGAUGAUGACUUUAUGACUUUUAGAUGAGAUGGCUGUCAUACAUGAUUGCAAAAGUAUUCUUAAAAGUACAUUUUGAUAUUUACAGCUUUUAGUAAAUAUGGAAUGGGUCAAGCUAUUUAAAAAUUUUAAAGAAAAUACAAAAGUACAACAGCCAACCAAAUUCCUGGCCAGAGUUCAUAGCUUAUUUCAGUCAACAAGUUCUCCAUGGGCGUUAGCUACAUGGAUAUUCUAGAUGCAGUUCUAAUGCUUGUAACUGUUCAUUUGUGCUUGUUAUGAAUUCAGCAGGUUGGCUUAGAAUGAUUAAUUUUCAGAACAAAUAUUGGGCAAUAUUUUGAUAACCAGCUAUCUUUUCAAAAGUGUCAUUACUGCUUAUCCAAAAAUAUUUCUCAGAGUUAUUUUUAAUAAAUUAACGUACAAAAUUA